GAGGAGGAGGAAGAAGAGAGAGGAAGUUCCAAAACUUUCCCCCCCUCUCUUCAAGGAAAAUUCGUGGAGGCGCUCCGUUAUUUUUCAGAGGAACGGGGAAACUUGAGCAAACUUUGGAGAAAUACACGCGCUGAUUUACUCGUCCAAAGUCGGAUCCUUUUUAUCUCUGGGCUGUCCUCACAUGAAAUCCGAGGGCAAAAAGUGUGUUUGCUUUGGUCCUUCCCAGCCUGAGAGGACUUCAACCAUCAGAGGCGAUGAGAUGUGAGUGAGCUAUGCCUUGUGGAAAUGGAGCGACUGUAACCAAGCGCAAACAUGGCGUCUGCGGGCCAAGCUUCUACUUCUUCUCCAGCCUGUUGGUGGCCCUGUGCUGUCUGGAGCCGUGGAGCCUCGGCUCGCAGACGGCCACCGGCAGGAGCUGCACACCGUGUCCCGUUAACUGCAGCUGCUCGCCGGCGGGGCCCCAGCAGAGCUGCGUGGUCAACUGCUCCAACGUCGGCCUGGAUACGGCCCCUGGAGCGGCAGAUAUCCCGCUGUUCACCACUGUACUAGAUCUCUCCAAGAAUCACAUCACGUCCCUUGAUACAACCUUGCUGAAUCGACUCCCUGGCCUUCGGGAGCUAUAUCUACAAAGUAACAGGAUUGUGAUUCUGCCCAGAGGAGUAUUCUGCUAUGGGCCUUUGACAGUCCUGGAUCUGAGCAACAACCAAAUCACUAAAAUAGAAGAAAGAAUAUGUGACGACCUGUGCAAUUUAACACAAAUUGACCUAAGCAGCAACCCCUUUGACUGUGACUGUAAACUAUUCCACUUGGUGAACUGGCUCCAGGAUAAAGGGGUACGAGUUCGAAGGCCUGACGACAUGGUCUGUAACCACCCUCCUGAGCUGCGUCACAAACCUCUGCUCAAUGUCAGAGUGCUCACCUGUGGACUUAACUAUGCCGCAUGUCUUGAGGACAGCAGUAGCGGAGGAGGGGGGCGGAGUGAGCUUGUCAUCUUUUCGUCAUCUACACCAGGCAACUUUACUCGUGAACAGUGUAACAGCAUGUGCUUCGCUGCAUCGCACCGCUAUGGCGGCCUGGGAGCAAGGCAGGAGUGUCUAUGCAGUACAAAUUCGGAGCCCAACUUCAUCAGUGAAUCUCAGUGUUCUGCUGCCUGUAGCAAUCCCAGUGUCAUGAAGGAAUGUGGGUGGACUCUGGCCCAUGAUGUAUUUGCAGUGGACUUCUCCAUCUUACUCAAGGCCCUCCCAUUGCAAAGUGUUCACGACCGCAUCAAUUUCUCAGCUGUCUCUUCCGUAAUGCCAGUAGCCCUAUCCUGGGAGUUUGGUGACCUCUCCCCUCGCGUCAACACCACAGUAACAAAGGUCACCUCAGCAACGCACAAAUACGGACUUCCAGGACAGUAUGUGGUCAGUUUGAUAGCCUGGGCUGGGCACAAAGAGGUAACUACACGAGGCGAGGUAUCGGUGGCGUUUCCUUCUAAGCUGGAACUGCACUGCCCCCCUCUUACUGUAGUCAAUGGCAGCCUAGAAGUCACACUUUUCAGCUGGGGAGCUCUUGGCCUUGAUGUUGACUGGAAGAUUUCAAAAGAUGAUGUGCAGGUCGCUAAAGCUUCUCCGCACUGUCCAAAAGAUGGGGUCUACCACAUCGAGUCCUCGUGCUGUUUCCAGAUUGUUCCAGGGGAGAUGAGUUGGACCGAUGCUCGCCGACAAUGUUUAGACCGCGGUGGGGAUCUGGCAAUAGUCAGAGGUGACACGCUGCGCAACCUGCUGGCUCAUAAAGUCACACAGGAACGAGGAGUGUGGCUGGGCUUGAGCAAUGUCACUUCCCCGGGCAGACUGCGCUGGGUCAAUGGCUCUGAGGCCCAGAAUGGAGAGGAAGGCCUGCAGCCUCGUUUCUCCAUCUCCCGUGGCAAUUUUUGUGUUUCCCUUGAUCAGCGAGCUCAAACCAGUCAGCACCCAUGCAACACCAAGCGUGCAUUUGUCUGUCAGUAUAGCCCUCAAGUCCGAGUUCCAGAUGCAGGGGUUUACAUGGUUGGCCUGGCGGUAUUUCCCUCUCAUAAUUCGUUGCUUCGAGUGUCUGUUGUUCCAUUCUCGACUGCGCAAACAGCCAGCACUAGCAUAGAGUUAAUGCUGUUCCCAGCUCUAAGCUUUGUUCAGCCAGGUCGCCUGUCUUCCCUUGAGCUUGUAAUGCAGGAGCGCAGCUCACACGUCCAUGUCCGAUUCCAAGUCUACCGACCACAAUGUCAUUAUGCCGGCCUGCACCUGCUUCUUCCAAGUUGUCACGGUCCAGUUUGCUCACCAGUGGCUAUAUGUGUUGCGGAGGACACCAAAGACAAUAAUCCACGCUCUUGCCCCCGACUACAACAGUGGUGUCCAUUCCAAAACCGAUGCCUGGACCUCUCUAGUCCUUGUCCACCCUCCUCCUGUCCUAAUUGCACCUACGCUUUCCACCUUCCACCUGGUGCUCGGAGACCUCAAUAUAUCCUGCAAGAUGAGGUGGCUUUCACCCUGCCCGCAGGACCAGCUGCACAUGCUCUGGUGCAAGAGCAGUUAGAAGACCUCUUGGUUUUUGCUGGUGACAUCAUUGGCCUUCAACACGAUGCUGGACCAGCAUCCCUCCUUCACUGCCAGUCCAGUCCCAAUUCACUGUGGCGACAGUCUGUUUUUGUUGUCAACCAUUCUGAAUGGAACUUGAUUAACACCAGCAGAGAGUCAGCAGAAAGUUCAGCUGGCCACGGUCUUGACCCUCAGCCCCAUCUCGUCCUGGAAUCAUUGAUGGAGGCUGGUGGAGGAGGCUGGCUGGAGGAAGUGGUAUGCCCCAUCAGAGUGCUGUAUGUGGGACACAGUGAGAUCCUGCUGCAGGGUCCAAAGUUAUCUGCUGGUCUAUCCCAACCAGGACUCUAUACUCUGCAGGUGAGUUCUGCUGAACCAUCAUAUCCAGCUUCAGCAUCAUGCCCAUUGCUUGUGGUUCCUCCUUUGGGCUUAACCAUUUUGCACCCACCUCUCUGGAAUGGCAGCCUCUAUCUUCAGGCUAAUAGCACUCGCGUCCUACUCCAUGUCCAGUCCCGUUAUAGCACGAGGGUAUCGCAACGGGGAACUAAUCACAGUGUUACCUUUCAGCCAGACUGUCCUUCAAUUUUUUUAUCCAGCCCCACACUAUGCAAGCCGAGGUCACAUUCAGGGACAGAGGUCACAGAACCAAGCCUGUAUGCAAUACUGGAUCUAAGCUUGGUUUCUAAGGAGCAAAAGGAUCUUAUUCAUGUGGAGCUGCAUGCCUAUAAUAAUAUGACAGAAUCUAGCUUGGCCGUGGUUGUUCAUGUGGAAGUACCACUGAAAGGACUAGUGGUUAAGCCCUAUCCUGCUCAAAGGGUGCUGAUGGAGUCAGUUGUGAGUUACACAGCCGACGUUCUUGAAGGCUCCAAUCCCACAUACAGAUGGACUGUUGAUGACAAGCCCUACUUUACCUAUUACAACACAGUCCUUAAUGUGAUCUAUCAACAUGCUGCCGUGUACAAGCUCACAGUGACGGCUAUGAACCAUAUCAGCAGCCUUACAGAGCAUUUCAACGUCACUGUGGACAGCCUGCAGCCUAUGACCAACCUCGCAGUGAGGGGUGUACCACAUGUGGUCCCUCAAGGCUCCACUCAGACGCUCACCGCUUCUGUGCUUGUGGACAUGUCUGUGUCGGCGACCUUUCGGUGGUCUUUUGGUGAUGGGGGAUAUAAAGAGUUUGAAAUGAAGCCUCCCUACGCUCCAUCCCUUUUUCAACCAGACUCCCCUCAUCAGGUCCUCCUAACCAACAACAUCACCUAUAUCUACUCCCAGCCAGGAAUAUACAGUGCACUGGUCUCAGUGUCCAAUCGAUACGAAAAUAUCAGUCAAAGCAUAAACAUGAGUGUCUACAGCAUCCUCACUCGUGUUGAUAUACAAACUGAGCCCCAAUUUCUCCUUGCUAGCAAAUCAGCAUAUUUUGAAGCUCAUCCUUUGCCCUCACCCUAUGGAAUUCACUAUGAUUGGAACUUUGGAGAUGAUUCUGCUCCGUGUCAAGGUCGGCGUGUGGCGCACACAUACACGCGCAGUGGUGCCUUCAAUGCCUGCGUGUCUGUAAACAACACCAUUAGUUACAACAUGGCCUGUGCUGAGAUGUUUGUAUUUGAAGAGAUAGAAAAAAUGACAGCCAAGAGCUCCUCACCUUCAGAAUUGCAUACUCCCACUAUAGUGAAAGCAGACACUGUAUCUGGCAAUAAUAUCACUUGGAUAUUUUCUAUGGGCGAUGGCAGCAAUUACACUACUUCCGAACCCCAGGUGUCGCACAGUUAUCUUAAAGAUGGCAACUACACAGUAAAUGUGACGGCUGCUAAUGCUGUGAGUUCUGGCUGCAUACUUCUCACAGUGCAGGUUUAUGUGUUUCAAGUUAUCAGGAUCGAACCUUCCGGAUGUGUCCAAGAAAACAGGCCCAUCAACUUUGAUGCAUGGAUGUCUGGCAAUGUUUCAGCCAGUCUUUUUGAAUGGAGCUUUGGAGACGGAAGCCCUGAUGAGAUACACCUCGGGAACCCCAGAGUCUUACAUACCUACAAGAUGUGUGGGAACUACCAUCUUUCCCUUAAUCUUUCCAGUGGGAUCAACAGGGCUUCCAAGGCACACUUCUCCAAAUGGGUGUGUGUGGAACCAGCCUUAACCAGCAUCCACCUUAACCUUGAGAAAACACACUAUGCCGUCGGAGAAGAGAUCAGGUUACAGGUCAGAGCAGAGCCGCAGUUUACCUACAGCUAUCUGUGGAACUUUGAUACAGGUGAAGAACCCUUACUGAUUCACGGUUCCGGGAAUGUCUUGAGAACAUAUGAAAAUCCAGGUCUGUACAGAGUGACAGUGACUGUCUCCAAUAACAUCUCCACAAGUAAUUCCAGUGUUCUGGUUGAGGUUCAGAUGCCUAUAGGGCCCAUUAUUAUUCUCCAUAAUGGCACUGAGUACAAUUACCUUAGACUUAGGGAACCCUAUUUCUUCACAACCCCGCUCUCUUCUCCUGAUGUCAAUCACACAUGGAACUUUGGAGAUGGUAACAUUUUUACAGGGCAAAGUGUCCACUACACCUACAACAUUUCUGGAAACUACAACAUUACACUGACAGCAGCCAACUCUGUCAGCAGGAAUCACACUAUUUUACCUGUUUCUGCGCUUUCACCAAUUCGUAACUUAACUGUCAAUUCCAGUCUCAUAAAUGUUCCUCUCAAUGCCUCAGUCCACUUUGAAGCUCAAUUUUUGGAGGGAGAUGAUGUCCGAUUUUCCUGGAUCUUGUGCGACCACUGCACCUCAAUUCCAGGGACCCACACCAUGUUCUACACCUUCCGCUCAGUUGGCACUUUCAAUAUCAUUGUGACAGCAGAGAACCACAUAGGGACCGCCCAAGCUAAUAUUUUCCUCUAUGUUCAACGUGAAUUGGAUGGACUCCAGAUUGUAGCCAAGGCGGAGGCGAAAGAAGGUGGAGAAACAAGAGUGGAUGGUUGCUGCUUUGCUACCAACCGUGUUCUUCACCUUCAUGCAGACUUAAAAGAAGGAACCAACAUGACUUUUAAUUGGAACAUCAUCAAUGAACUACAGCCCAUUAACUCCAGGUACAACAUCAGUGCCAAGACUACGGAGGUCAGUUUCUCCACACCGGGACCGUGUCUCAUAAUUCUUGGAGCAGCUAACCUUCUGGGCCAGCUGUCCACCAAUAGAACCAUUCACUUCUUAGAGCCAGUCGGAAGAGUGUCUCUGCAGAUCAGCAACAACCCUAUAGCUGUCAAUGCUCUUACCAAUCUGUCAGUGCCCAUUUCGGAGGGCUCAGACCUACAAUAUCGCUGGUUUGUAAAUGGAGAUAAUAUGCAGUGGAAAGAGCCCUGGAGGACUCAAACAUUUCCAACUCCUGGUCUAUAUCUGGUCACUGUGGAGGUCUUUAAUGAAGUUAGUUCCAAGCUCAUGUCUGAGAGGAUAAGCGUCCAGGAAAGAAUCUCUGGGACUGACUUCAUAGCGAUUGAUGCCAUUGAGCAGAGUUACAUAGCAACAGGGGUCCCUGUCACACUCCAUGGAAAGGUGGACAAGGGAACCAAUGUGACAUGGACAUGGACAAUCGAUGGAACAACAGAGAUCGGACAGAGCACGACGGUGGUGUUCCUGGAGCCAAAGACAGCUAGUAUUACGCUGAAUGCCAGCAAUGAUAUCAGUGAGCAAGUAGUUCCAAAGGAGCUCUUUGUUCAGGACAAGAUUCAGGGCUUGGAGCUGCGGGCAAGUAAACAGAUUGCAGUAGUCGGUGAGAGGGUAGAGUUCACCAUUUUAAUGGCAGCAGGCUCAAAUGUUGAACUGAUCCUCAGCAUCAGCGGAGAUGCCACUGUUUCACCUCAACUUAAUCAAACGUAUGUGCACGUAUUCAGCCGGGUAGAUACCUACAUGGUCAACCUCACUGCUCAUAAUCAGGUAAGCUCCAAGAGGCGACACCUCCAGGUUGAAGUGAUGGAGCCAGUACGUGGAUUGUCUAUCCACGGAAUCGCAGCAGCGAUCCCUGUUGGUGUAAAGAGAUUAUUUACCGCCAGCAUCAAAACGGGCAAGCCCGUUGGUUAUCUGUGGACUUUUGACCUGCACCACCUCCACAAGACAUCACAUUUUGGACAAGAGCAGGUGUCCUACAUCCCAGAGGAGGCAGGUUUAUUGACCAUUUACCUGAGGGCCUUCAAUGCAUUACAUGGUCAGAACAUCACUGAGCACAUCCUUGUCCAGAACCUAUUAAAGGCUGCAGUCCUAAAUGCAACACCUCAGGACACUUUGGUCAAUAAGACUGUCACUUUGGUGGCUUCUGUCACACCCAAAUCAAAUCCUCUAGAAUGCUUCUGGGACUUCAAUGAUGGCUCUACUCCAGUUCACACCAGUACUACAAAUGUGGGCCAUGUGUUCCAGAACCCAGGAAACUACAUAGUCCAAGUCAACUGUAGUAAUCUGGUGAGCUGGGUGUGGGGUCAGGUUGAAGUAAACAUCAGUGUCCUAGAGUGUGAGGAACCAGAAGUACAAGUCAUUCAAGCCCCCCGUCUCGCCAUCUGGCGAUCCCAGCCCACUUUUGUCGAGGCCACUGUGGACCUGAAAGGCUGUGUUAUUUAUGGAGCACAAUAUUUAUGGCAAGUCGUCACAACACCAUCCUGUGACAGUAGUGACCACCUUCCCUCUCAGCCAUUACCUCAGACAGAAAUCCUUCUCCCAGUGGAGGUGGAUGUACGGCGACUACAGUUGUCGUUGCCCAAGAUGGCGCUGGCUACAGGGAACUACACUCUGGUGUUUUCUCUAUCGUAUGAAGGUGUGCCGGUGAGAAAAGCAGCCUGUCUACAACUAAGCAUCAUGGCUGAAAGGCUGGUGCCCAUCAUAGAGGGUGGCACCCAUAGGGUAUGGUCGAGGACCCAGGACCUCCAGCUCAGUGCAGAGCAGUCCUACGACCCCAAUAUGGACCCCGACAGCCAGUCACUACUCCACUACCAUUGGGAGUGUGUAAGCACAUCAAAGGGUCCAGAACACUGCUCCAGCCUGAACUUCGGCUUGGGCUACAGCGAUCCUGUACUGGGAAUAUCUGGUUCUGAGUUAGAGGAAAAUGUUGAAUACACCUUCAAACUGUCUAUCAGCAAAGAUGGAAUGACACCAGAGUCCACCACACAAACUGUGCUGGUCCAGAGUGGUCACAUUCCAAUGGUGUAUCUGGAGUGUGUGUCCUGUAGGGCCCAAUCCAUCUACGAAAUCAGCCAAAACUCGUAUGUCUACCUCCGAGGAACCUGCACGAACUGCCAAGGCUUUCACCGCGGGAGAUGGACUGCCAUGACACUGCAGAACGAGACCCUGAUCCUGGACUCGACCUCGAUCACCACAGAAAAGGACUGUAUGGACCUGGUUUUGCGGCAGGGUGCCCUUCGCCACGGAGACUCAUACAUUUUCACCCUGCACGUAACUGACGACAUGCUGGAUGGCGAGGGUGCCGCCUCCAUCACAUUGCACCACAACAUGCCUCCAGCUGGCGGGGUGUGUCACCUCAGAGCAGGAGAGUCUGGAUGGGAUAGUGCUGAUGCAGAUGUUGGAAGUUUGACAAUUCGAACACUGCUGGACAAAGUUCACUUUAACUGUUCAGGUUACAGUGAUCGAGGAAUCUCUGAGACCCCUUUACUCUACAGUUUGUUGGUGACCCGCUGCAAGGAAGACUAUUGUGAGGAGUUUUGUGUGUAUAAAGGCAGUAGUCCAGAGCAUUCAGCCUUCCUUCCCCCUGGCUUUAAAUCAGCUCGACACCGUGUAGCUGUUUCCAUCACAGUGGAGGAUCUUCAGGGAGCAACAAUCACUGCCCUCAACAAGUCUAUUGAAGUGGUGCUGCCGGAUCCACCGCCUGAGUACAGUAGCCUUCCUCACUGGCUGUCUGAACUGACUGACAGCAGACUUAAACAGCUGUUGGAACAAGGAGACUCCCAGAGGGUCAGGGAGCUAUCCUUGGCUCUUAUUACUGUCCUAAAUGAGUACGAACAGAGCAGGGAGUCCAGACGGGUGUUUUCAGCGGAGCGGGUUUACCGAGUCAGGGUCCGUAGCAACAUUACUAGGGCAUUGACUGCACUGGAUCUAAACACUGUUAAUGACAUUCAGCAAACCUCUGCGGCGCUGGCACAGUGCACGGCGGUGAGUCGAGAGUUUAUCUGUGAGGAGUGUCAGAACAGCACUCUGAAUAAACUUGAGUCCAUGUUAGAUAUUCUGCAAAAUGACACCAAGCAAGGAACAGUUACUCCAACUGAGAUAGCUGAUAACAUCCUGAACAUCAUGGGCGAUCUGAUCCAUCAAGUCAGCCAGUCGGCGUUUCACUUCCAACCCCCCUUCGUGGAUUCCCCAUCAGUUUUCUCGACUUCCCCUUUGACCCCCUCUGGUGCAUAUCACGGAGGCAUCCAUUUGGACCCAUCACCUUCCUCCUCAGAGCCACAUCCGUUGAGAGUGGCCGCCAAAGCCUAUAGCCUAUCUUCAGUCCUCAUGCUAAUUCUCAUGCACGGCCGUGUCCUGAACGAGGAACCACUUGUGCUCAGGGGAACAGAGAUAGCUGCCACGGGAAAACUGGCUGACCCCCAGAGCCUGCUGUGUUACCACGGCAACAGCAGUCCAGAAUGCCAACAGUUCUCCAUCCCCAGAGCAUUCAACAGUAGUCUUGGCAGAGCAGCUGCAGGAAACAGUGUCAUGCAGUUACUUCUUCGAUUGGAGUCCAACCCAUUCCCGUUCAAUUAUGUAGCCAACUACACAGUGUCCACUGAGGUGGCAUCCAUGGAGUUUCGCACUGAAAAUGGGACCCAGAUUCCCAUCUCCGGACUGGAUGACAAUCUUGCCAUCACUGUCGCCAUAAACAAUGGCACUAGUGGAGAGCUGGGCACAGAUUCCUCUGGUGCAGGUGGCGUGCCUCCAGCCGGAGCUGUAAACAUCAGCCGGUGCAACUCUGUCAUCGUCAGGGUGAUCACAGGCAACAACAACAGGCAGGCUGGACUCUUUAUACAGCUCAACUUCACUGCUUUGGAAGAUGCUGGAGGCGAAAUCGAGAAUGAUAUAAACUCUGAAGAGCCGUACAUCGAAGCCUACCUUCAUUCCCAUGAGCAUCCAAGUGAAUUGAACUGCACCGAGAGAAAACGUAUUACUCUCAGUAUGACCCGAAGCCAGGACUUUGACCAUAGGAAGUACACUUUCUUUCUAUCGCCUGAGAAGUAUGACACAACGCAGGACUACUUUAUCAAUGUGAGCACGCCCUGCGACACCACCUACUGGUCUGCCGGCGUUCAUCUUGAGGUGGGACUAUUUGCCUCACUGUGCCAGUACUUCAGUGAGAGUGAGAAACAGUGGCGGACAGACGGCAUGGUGCCCCUGGCGGAAACCAACUCCAGCAGAGCCGUUUGCCGCACCAGACACCUUACUGCCUUUGCCGCAGGCCUCUUUGUACCACCUCAUGCGGUCAGCUUUUCAGUGCCAAUGCGGUCUGGCCCACCUAGCUUUGUGGUGUUGCUGGUGUGUGUGCUGGGCUUUCUCUGUUAUGUUGUUGCUGCCGCCAUCUUGCACAAGUUAGACCAGCUGGACUUGCGCCGGGCUGGUGUGGUUCCACUGUGUGGCACAGAUGGGCUUUUUAAAUAUGAGGUUCAAGUCAAAACUGGCUGGACUCGUGGGGCAGGCACAACAGCUCAUGUUGGAAUCAGUCUGUAUGGCCGUGAGGGUCGCACCGGACACCGCCAUCUCGAUAGCAAGGGGGCCUUUACACGCAACGCCCUUGACAUCUUCCAUAUUGCUACUGACAAUAGCUUGGGCAGUGUGUGGAAAAUGCGCAUUUGGCAUGACAACAAAGGUUUGUCCCCAGCAUGGAUGCUACAGUACAUCUUGGUCAAGGAUUUACAGACAGGAAGCAGCUACUAUUUCCUGGUAGAUGAAUGGCUCUCGGUAGACAACGAAAAAACUGAUGGUCAAUUAGAAAUUGAAGUGGAAGCCUCAGAAGAAGGAUCGCUUCGCCACUUUCCCCGCCUCCUGCGGUGUGAGCUUCAGAGGGCGUUGUGUGAGAGUCACCUGUGGCUGUCGCUAUGGGAGAAGCCCCCUCGCAGCCCCUUUACUCGCUUGCAGAGAGCCACCUGCUGUGCUUUGUUACUGCAGUUAUUUUUGGCCUUCAACACACUGUGGUACAGCAUAGUGGUGGACGAGAGAAUCAGCUCACAAGCCAUAGGGCAAUUAUCUUCACUAAACGGCGAGACUCUAGCAGCAGGCGUGGUGACAUGUCUGAUUGCCUACCCGCUCUAUCUCCUCGUCUUUACACUGUUCAGAAUGAGCCGCAGCAAGUGUGUGUCAGUGGAGCAAGUACCUCCACCAGGGGACCAAGAGUCAGUGGAGAUUGAUUACUUCCUGGACAACUCCAUAGCUGGAAGUUCUUUCCUCUACUUUGACGGCGAGACCAACUCCGAAGAAACCAAUGUGGAUUUGCCUACUCCGUCCACCAAAAGUAUGGAGAGUUGGGGCAUGGCAGAGGAGGAGAGUGAUGACCGGGACUGGCCAGAGCUGUUGGGUCAUGUACCUGUGACAGGAGGGGCGGGACAUGGGGCGGGGAUGCCGAGGCUCAAGAGGGGACAAGGGAGCAGGCACCUUGGUGUGGAUAUGACCUUUAACCCAGAAGAUGAGGAUGAGCAAAGGCACAAAUAUUUUACUUCCUCAGAUGAGGACCUCAUCAAACACAUUUUGAGCGAUGGCCAGAAUUUCUUCCCGCAAGCAGAUGAAAGUGAGAUGGCUGAUCUGUCAAGUAUUUUGGAAGACAAUACAGAGGUGAUUCUACUCCAGAAAAUCAAUGACCCCCUUCCUCUGGAAUCAGUCAGAAGAGAACCUCCGAAAACUGCUUUCUCCUCCAAUACAGUUGUGGCAGACGUGUGUCGUCCUAGACGGUUCCCUCCCUGGUGUGGACGCGCGGCCCUGUGGGGGAGCUGGGCUGCGAUUGCCCUGGCCAAUAGUAUAUCCAUUUGGGCGGCCCACGGCUUCAAUCAGAAUGUUGCAAUGAUGUGGCUCAUCUCCAGUUUUGCUAGCUUCCUAUGCUCCUGUUUUCUCCUGGAACCAAUAAAGGUGUUGUGUGAGGCCAUCUACUAUGCAGUGUUUGUGUGUCGCCUGCGCCCUGAGGACCAGGACGUACUGGUAGAGUUCCCCACGGUGGAGAGGGUGGUGCAGCGAGUCCACAGGGUGCGCCCGCCUCAAGGCUACGCGCUGUCCCAGGACCGGCACCAGGCCCGCAAGGUCCGCAUGCUGCACACUAUGUUGAAGAACUUCCUAGUGUACAUGUUCUUCUUGUUGGUGGUUCUUUUACUCAACUACUCGGAUUCUGCCAAAGAAACACACAGCCUGAGGCUGCAUACUCAAUUACAACGUGUGCUACAUACACCUGAGUACCACAACAUCAGCAGCCGCCAUGAUGUUCUGGCUUGGCUGAACCGAUCCUUGUUACCUCGCCUUCUGAAUGACUCCGCACUCCUUGGACACACAGGAAGUGUCUUACUCGGCACCAUGAGACUCAGACAAAUCAACUACAUGCAAGGGGACUUGUGGGGACAAGGGUGGCCUAACAUUACAGCUUCUGGUGCUGCCGUUCUGUUGAAUAACUCCACAGACUUGGUGCUCCAGUUGAACAGAAGUCUGGAAGAGGCCAGUAUCUCCCUGCAGCAGCGUCAGCAACAACACUGGCUUGAUGAAAGGAGCCGUGCUUUGUUUGUGGAGUUCUCACUGUACAACAUCAACACAAAACUCUUGGCAGUGUUUUCUUUCCUCUUCGAGUUCCCAGUUUCUGAGCGUGCUCAGUCCAGCCUCGACCUCGUAGUCAUCACUCUGUGGCCAAUCACGGGGCUGGAUCUGCAGCUUCUUUUAACGAUGGUCCUUCUUAUCCUGGUGUUCUAUUUCCUGGUGCGGGGGAUUUUGGGAUGCCUCCGCGAAGGCUACUCAUACCUGUUGUCCACCUGGAGACUCCUGGGCAUCUGUAAACUUACCAUAGCGGCAUCUGUAUGCGGCCUGCAUCUGAGCAGGUGCGUCAUGGCCCAGCAGCUAUGGACGCUGUACCUCCGUCACCCACGAGAUGCCUUCACAGACUUCUACCCCCUCGCCAAACGAACUCAGAUGUAUACAGUCAUGGCGGCCUUGCUACUUUUCAUUUUGGUGCUCAAGGCUUCUCAUCAGUUGCGGUUCUUGCGAGAGUGGGCCGUGUUUGGCCGAGCUCUGCGACGCUCCGUCUGGGAAUUGCUGGGCGUCGCUCUAGCCCUGCUGCUGUUGCUCCUGGCCUACUCACACACUGGACACCUGCUCUUCCACUCGGUCUUCGAUGGCUACGGUAGUGUCAGCGCCACCUGUCUUUCAUUGCUCGGCGCUAGCGGCCGCGGUCUGUUGUCACCAGACCCUUCAUGGACACUCACCGGGCCUUCCGGUGGCGUGUUCUCCCUGGUGUUCCACACGAGUUUUGCCGUGCUCCGGUUGCUGUUGAUCUGGUUGGUCACCUCCAUUUUACUGAGGAACUACCGGCGCGGACGGGCAGAGUUGUACCGACCCGCUGUAGAUCUGCAAGACUACGAAAUGGUCGAGCUGUUUCUCAGAAGACUGAAAAUGUGGAUGGGGCUGAGCAGGACCAAGGAGUUUCGUCACAAGGUUCGUUUCGAAGGAAUGGAGCUGCCCCCAUCUCGCAGUUCCUCAACCAGCGACUGCAAGUCUCUGUGUUUACCUCCGCUGGACCGCCCCGACUCUCCGUCCACCCCGGACAGCGUCGACGGCGGCUCUGAGGCUUCCUGGUGCCCGGCACCGUCCAGUCCCUGCAGCCUAACAGAAGCUCCCGGCGUCGGCCCGGGCCUCGGCAUAGCUCUAGGCCCCGGAGCGCCCGCCGGCUGGAGGGAGAGGGCAGAAACCGAGGCCGCGCUCAAGAGGCUGCUGCCCACGUUUGAUGCCCUGCUACAACAGCUGGACCGUGUCACCAUCUCGACCGAGGACGUAUUUCAUAUGGAAUGCCAACUGGAGCGAGCGCAGAGGAAGAGGAGACGGCGAGGAAGAGCGAGAGGAGGGGAGAAAGGACAGCGUGAAAAAGGGGCGCGCAAAGACAGGAAGAGCAGCAAAAACAAGAACAAAGUGGGCAAGAAAGUCAAAAAAAGGGAGACGAGUGAACUUUCAACAGAGUGUCGAGACUCAGCCGACCCCAAGGCGACACCUGCUCCAAAGUCUAAAGCACUCCCUGUCCGCUCACCUUCCUCCAAUACCUCUGUCACCGCCCCCCCGCCGACUCCAAUAACUGCCCCCGCCACGCCACCCGUGUUGCCAGCCGAUACCCCCUUUUCCCAUUACCAGCCUCCCAAAUUGAGCACGGGGCCUCCGCGCACCCCUACGGGCAGAGAGCACUUCCCUGCCGAGAAGGAGCCCCUACCCUCCUCAAGCCUGUUCAACCACCCAGCACACACCACGACCAUCCCUACGCACAAGCGGAAACGCAAGCCUCCGCCGCUUAAAAACAAGGUGCACCCCAACUAAAAAGAGAGGAGACAAUGGGGUUAAGGACGAGAGGACGGCACGGGGCAGCUGGUUUUGUCUCUGGACGCUCCUCUCUAAACCUCACGCGUGGGAAGGUGCCAGCCUGAGGUGGCGGUCGUCGUUCGAUUCCAGCAAACACGGUGCGGGUCACCGACUCAAAAGCAAACACAGAAACCGUUAUCGUUGGUUUCUUCCAUGCCCCUUCCGCCCGCUACAAGUGACCCUGGAGGUUACUGACAGAAGCACAGGUCCGUGCUCACCUGAGGACUAAUCAUUAAAAAUAAGGACUAUUUUUCUGCGAUGUGCUGUGUACAUAUUUUGCAUAAGUAAUCAAGAGGGCUUGGUACUAUUCAGAGGUUGGUAGAGUAGCCAAAAAUUUUACUCAAGUAAGAGUAUGAGUACAAAAGUAUUUGGUGAAAAGAAUACUCAAGUAAUUGAGUAACAUUGUGAGUACCGUAUUUUCCGCACUAAAAGGCGCACCUAAAAACCUUCAAUUUUUUCAAAAGCUGACAGUGCGCCUUAUAAUCCAAUGCGCCUUAAUGAAGCUCCAUCUAGUGGGUGUAUAACACAACCACUACCACUACUACUACUAUUACUACUGCACCUUAUAAUACGGUGCACCCUAUGAAAACCGUUUUAAAACAGGCCAUUCAUUGAAGGUGCGCCUUAUACUCUGAUGUGCCUUAUAGUACAGAAAAUAUGGUAACUGCUUAUGAGGUUUGAUUUAUUAUUAUUUUUUUAAACGAUGGUAUUUUUUUAAUCUGUAUGAACUGUUAUUGUACUUUGAAGAAGACCAUAACCUAUUACAUAACCACAUUAAGCCAAAGAAAUACAAAAGAAAAUCAUUGAAUUCCGUUGAGAGGGAAAAAAAAAGGAAAAUUAAGCAUCAUUUGUCCAAAAAGCAUGAGUGCCCUCUAGUUGAGAAAACAUAUUUCCUGUUAUGAAAUUUAAAAGGAUCCUAUUUCUGGGUUGCCGGCGACGCUCUACGUCAAAUACAGUGAUCCCUCGCUACUUCGCGCUCCAAACUUACUGCUCUCAGUCCAUCGUGGAUUUUUUCUCAAUCCGAGCCGAUCGCGUAGUCUCACUCUCGCUCCAUCUCCCUGCUCUUUGACAUCAGGCAGUGCACUAGAGUUGCUGAUUAAAGUUAACGAUGAUUGACAGAUGAAUGUCUUUGAUCUUGUCAGAGUCACGAACUUCAAAAGCCCUGCAUGUGUCAAUAAUCGUUCAACUUGUUAAACAGUUUUUGUGGCAACUCAUUGUGCGUAAAUGCGGAUUUGAGCAGAUUUGAGUAGACUCACUCAAUGAAGCAUUUCAUAAAGCCAAGCAUUUUUCUGCCACUUUAUUCUUGUUUAAUUAUAACUCGGUGGGACAGUAAGAUUUUUUAAAACAUAUCCUAUUAUUUUAUUUUUAUUUUAGAAGUUUUUUUUUUUUUUUUUUUUUUUUUUAAUACUUUGGGGGAAAAAGUUAAAAAAAAAAAAAAAAAGUCUGAUAUGUAUCUUUCCAAUGCUAAAUCUGAAUAAAUACAUUGAAUACACACACAAUUUAUUUAUUUAUUUUUUUAAUUUAAUGUACUUAGCGGUUUUUCACUUAUCGCGGCAGGUUCUGGUCCCCACUGCGGAAAACGAGGGAUCACUGUAAUUUUUUACAGUGAUUUAAAGACACCACGUGAUUGAACAGCCCGGGUUAAUCAUAGAACGGCAAGCUUGAGUCUGUUUGGUAUAAUGGAUUAAUGUGUUUAUUGUUGCGACGUCUAAUUGGUGAAAUUGGUAGCUCUACUCUUGUCAUCGCUGGUAAAAAAAUUAAAUUAAAUUAAUACUAGUAUAUAGAAUAAAGAACAAAGUCUAACGACUAGUGUAGCCCAAAAUAGCAGAGUAAGGGUAGCGUUUCUUCUUCACAAAUCUUCUCAAGUAAAAAGUUUGGCUUCCUUAAACUACUCUUAGAAUUACAUUUUUCUCAAAAAGCACUCAAGUAUAUGUCACAGAGUAAAUGUAAAGCGUCACUACCCACUUCUGGUACGAUUUUUCUAUUGUGGGUACUCGUGACCUGUCUGCAUUUUAAACGUUUUUCACCCCAAAUUUGCAUGCAAGGCAAACGCACACGCCACAAAUGUAGACAAACCUCUGCAGGAGCGUGGCUUCCACAGUUCAGGGUUACGAUGAAAGGUAUAGAAAGUGAUGUCACGGAGAGCGCAGCGAGGGAAAAGUUGAAAAUCAAAAGAACGUCAAUGUAAGUUGAAAACAAGAAGGACUUUUACACUACUAGUAUUUACAAGUUGACCCGACAUGAAGCUAUAUUGAUCAGUAUGUUUCGGAUUUUAUUGUGUUUCAUUGUUGUCAUGUAAAUGCACUUUUCUUUUAAUAUGUUGUGUUUUCUGAUGUAAUAAGCUUGGUAUGGAAUCCAUUACAGAAAGCUUUACUUAUACUGUAGCUGAACUAUAAAAUCGCCAAAGCUUUUUGCAGCAUUUACGACUCACUACGCCAAUAAUUCAUUUGUUUUGUACUUAGCACUUUAAUGUCAAACAGACAAGAUAUCAAGGCUACAUGCUUAAGUCAUUGACUUUACACUUGUUUUAAUGUCAUGAAAAAUGUAUGAGUUAUUAACACGGUUUUAAAGCAGUUAUUUUUUUGUAAAUCAACAUAUGUACUUUCUGUGUCCAUAGGGCAAAUCUCAGGGAACACACCGUUUUCCUCUAAAAAUGUUUUUUCCCCACAUGGAGAAGGAGUUUUAAACAGUAUUGUGAUGUGAAAUAACACCACUUGAUUUCUCCAAAGUAUUGAAGUUUGAGUCCAAAUGUUUUGCAGAGAUUGUUGUCAGCCUGUAGAUCGUUUUCCUGCCACAUACGAUCUCACAAUUUAGAUGAUCACAUGAAACUUAUUUUUUACAAACUUGCUUAUGUCUGUAUAUCUCGGUGCUUACUUGUGUAUAUAAUUGUUUUAGCUUACAAUGGUAAAAAUGUUAUCGUCCUUCAAUUAUAAUGGGUCAGUUCAAGCACAAGUGUUAAGCUAACGACAAGUUGUCCACUUUGUUUUUUUUGUCCUAUUGUCUCUGAAAAAGCAUCUUGUGCAAAACUGUUAGCAAUGUGUCAAAUUGUCUGUUGUGUUUCAUCUGUAUUUUCCAGUUGUGGCAAUUUUCAUGCUUUUGCACUUGACAAUGUUGAAUAAACAGCUCAACAGUAAAUGAAGUUUCAUAAAUCAGUUACCGAUACUCGUUCUCCAGUCGCCUUGAUUAGUUAAGAGUUACAAUCAGUGGCCGGGAAAAGGGGUGCUGAGGGUUCUGCAGCACCCCCUUGUGUUGGGGAGAAAAAAUGUUUUGGCAGAUUCUUUUUUU